AAGAGGUGAGCAGGUGUUAGGGCAUUACAUUUGUCUUCAGUCAUGUCAUGUUAUCAUCAAAUAGUGUAUUAAUAUUGCUGAAAGUGAAUAUUUAAGGACUAUAAUGGACUACCAACACAUCUUUUUCAUUUUUACUUGCAGUUUAGUUUCUGCACGGGAUGUGAAAUAUGUACUGAAGGGUCAGGAGAUAACCUUGGGACCUUCAAGUUAUCGACAGCCAACUGAAAUAUACUGGACACAUCAUGUCUACGACAUUGUAUCUUUUGAUGGCACCAUGGAGACUGUGGCCCCUGCAUAUGAGAACAAAAUCCUUCUGGACAGGAACUCUGCAGUACUCACCAUCAAACAGGCCACUUAUGAAGACAGUGGAAACUAUGACCAGGAAGUCACAGUCAACAAGAAGGUCUAUCACAAUGCGUAUAAAAUUGAGGUUAUAGGCAAAUUAACUGUUGCUGAAAUUGUUGUCAUCAUGACUUCUAUGGUUGUGUUUAUUGGGCUCUGCAUCUUUUUGGGAUUCUACAUAAAAUGUCAAGAACGCCGUAAAAGAGAAGCAUAUCAAGAAUAUUUACAAAGUAAAAAGAGAAGGAUGGAGUUAUACAACAUGAAGAAUUCCAACAGGUUAUGGUUUUUGGAGUCAUAUGAGGAGGAACUGAAGCCGUAUGGUAUUACAAUUAGUGCCUGCACUGACAUAUUUAGUGGCACCAUAUUGUGGAUUGAAGCACACAAUAAUGACGGUGAUCCUGCAGUAUUUCUCAACCACUUCCUGGACACAGUGACUCGUAUUGGAGGUUGUCCACAGCGACUGCUGUUCAAACCAAGUAGAGAAAAUAGACACAUCAUAACAGCACAAACUUUCCUGCGUAGGAAUCAUACAGACUGUUAUGCUGGGGAGGACAGUGUGAUGGAGGAAUUCAGCGUGAGACGUCGCAGGUGGUUACACACAGGGAUGCCAUGGAAGUCCUGUUUUGCAGAUCUCAGAGAAUUAGGACAUUUCACAGGAAAAGAUUCGGACAAGAAGCUCAUACAGUUCUGCUUCCUCCACAUCAUCCAGGAUCAGCUGAAGGAGUUUGUUGGAGAAUUCAAUAGGAACAUACUCACGUCACAACGUGAUGGACCAGCAGAGGACAAACUCCAAACUGUUCUCCCAGAGGAUAUUGAUGAGUGCAGGAGGUGGUGGUGUACCCCAAGAGGGAGGUACCCCUGUGAUGAAACACUCUUCAAGCGCUGGGAGCUCAUUAGGACUGAAAAUGGUUGGGAAGCUCCAGUGGACGAAUGUACAGCUCGAAAACUGUAUUUAGAUUUAAGAAAGAAGACUUAUGAAGAUGAUGAAGUUGUGAUGGAAACAUGUAAUGAUGAGGAAGAACAGGCGGCAGGUUUGUUAGAAUAAGGAAGCUAACCCACAUGAAUGAUUUUAUCAAAUGAUCCAUCCAUUUUCUACAGGUUGUAACAUGGCAUGUAACCAAAUAUUAACAUUGCUAUAUGUAUACUUUACUAGUUCAUUAAAUGUGUGAAUAUAGAUUGUAAAACACUUUAUAGUUUUCAACUCUCAGUGAACACUUGAGUCAAAUUUCCAGGUCCCAUUUGCUUUUAUUUUGAAGUAACAU